AGCCACAGAAAACUGGAGACGUUGCCAUGUGUGGCUCAUAGAAAGUACUGCUCCAGCCUCUAAUGUAAUCGGAAAACAAAUGUCAUGCUUUAUCUCUCUCUAUAUUAUAUUAUCAAGCACCAGGCUACUUUGGCUUGGUCGUUAAACUGACAUGGUUUGAAAGUUACCUAAAUUUGAUAACCUGUUUGAAGAAUAUAAACCCACAAUAUGUAAAUAUCUUCAGUGAGCUGUGAUUAAAGGGUCAUUGAACCUUGUACAAUCCCAACACGCUGCAAAACACAUUUCCUGUCAUGUUAUGUACAGAAUGUUGGUACAAACUGCUCCGUUUAAUGGAUGUGACGGAGGGAGACUGAAGUGGAACACUACUUAGAUUAUGAAUUUAUAUAAAGUUUUCUUGUCAUGUAGAAUAAGCCACUCGCUGUUUCUAAAUACUUUCCUGAGUGCAGAGCCUAGUGCGCAUGCCCAGCCUCCCUGAAAACCACAUGCGUCUCCCCACUCUGCUUUCUCCAGUGCCAAGGCAGGGAGAUGCGCACACCGAGGACACCGCAGCACAGAAAUGCGCACAGCUUCGAGCCAGACCCGGCGAUAGCUCCACGUCCCGACACCCCUGACCCGUCCCUCAACACAGCGGGUUAGAGGGAAUAUGGCAAACUUUGACACACUUUGCAUGUCAUGGGAAAUGCCUUGCGUUGUCUGGAGAGCUGUGCUGCCGAGCGGCUGAACUGAGAGCACAAUAACAUAGAGACUUGAAAGACAGAGAGAGCGAAGGGGACCUGAUUCCAGUCAUUUCUAACCCAGUUCCUCUCCCACGCUGGUUUUGAGAGAUGAUCACGGAGCUGGUGUGCACCGCCGUGGCAGUGGGUCUCUAUCUGAACACGCUGGACGCAGAUUUCUGCUACGAUGACAGUCGAGCCAUCAAAACCAACCAGGACCUUCUUCCUGAGACUCCGUGGACCAACAUCUUGUAUGAUGACUUCUGGGGCACCCUGCUCACUCACAGCGGCAGCCACAAGUCCUUCCGUCCACUCUGCACCCUCUCCUUCCGCCUCAACUACACCCUUCACGGCCUGCGUCCCUGGGGCUUCCACUUGCUGAACGUGGUGCUGCACGGCCUGGUCACUACGCUCUUCACGGCCUUCAGUCGCCCACUCCUGGGUGGAGGAUUGUGGACCCUGCUGGCUGGCCUUCUUUUUGCUUCCCAUCCUAUUCACACUGAAGCAGUGGCUGGUGUGGUGGGGAGGGCGGACGUUGGCGCUGCUUUGUUUUUCUUGCUGUCUCUUCUCUGUUACGCUAGACAUUGUGGACUUCGUAGGGACCCACGUGGGGCCUUCGAGAGUAGAAGAUGUGGUGGCAUGUCAUUCACCUGGUGCUGGGGCUGGAUGCUGGGGAGCCUGUGGUGUGCAGCAGCCAGCAUGCUAUGGAAGGAACAGGGGGUGACGGUGCUGGCCGUGUCGGCUGUUUACGACCUCUUCGUGUUCCAGCGACUCCAACUUCGCCAGGCACUUCUCCUCCUGUUGGGAAAGAAAAAGAACAUCAGUGUUCUGCUGAGUCUCGGUAUUCUUGCUUCCUGGGGAGUGAUUCUACUGUCAGCUCGUCUUUACUGGAUGGGCAAUAAGCCUCCCAACUUCUCCAACUCUGACAACCCUGCAGCUGACUCGCCACAUUUUCUCACUCGAACACUGACAUUCCUCCACCUGCCUGCCGCCAACGCCUGGCUCCUGCUUUGCCCCGACAAGCUCAGCUUCGAUUGGUCCAUGGACGCCGUGCCCUUGGUCAGAUCCUUGGCUGACUGGAGGAACCUUCACACUGUUGCCUUUUAUGGUGGAUUUAUGCUUCUGGCUUUCUUUGGCCUUCAUAGUUCCACCUCCAAAACCAAGGAGACCAAUGGGAAAGCCCAUGUCACUAAUGGGAAAUCAAUCACUAACGGGAAUGGUUACCAUGCUCCUGACACAAACCAUAACACAGACCAGGGGCCGCCAAAGACCACCCUGAACGGGUCAGCUGGACUUCACCACUGCCCUCCACGGACAUCCCUGCCCCGUACAGAAAACCUAGUACUAUUUUCAUUAAGCAUUCUGUCAUUGCCUUUCAUCCCAGCCGCCAACUUAUUCUUUUAUGUUGGUUUUGUAAUUGCAGAGAGGGUACUAUACAUUCCCAGUAUAGGCUUUUGUUUACUGGUUGCUGCGGGUGCAAGAACCUUGUAUGUCAGACUGAGAACUAGAGCCUGCAAGGCCUUACUGUUGAGUCUCUGUAUGGGACUAGUGCUGCUGAAUGGACUCAGAACUGUUCAAAGAAACAGGGACUGGAACAAUGAGGAGAAUCUCUACAAGUCUGGGAUCAGUGUAAAUCCCGCUAAAGCCUGGGGAAACUUGGGGAACGUACUGAAGAACCAGGGCAAGAUGGCGGAGGCAGAGAAGGCGUACAGAAACGCUCUGCACUACCGAGGGAACAUGGCUGACAUGUUGUAUAACCUAGGUUUGCUGCUGCAGGAGAAUGAGCGCUUUGCUGAAGCGCUGCAUUAUUACAAACUGGCCAUUGGGAGUCGGCCAACACUGGCAUCGGCCUACUUGAACACAGGAAUCAUCCUGAUGAACCAGGGCAACCUGGAAGAGGCCAAACGCACCUUCCUUACUUGUGCCGACAUUCCUGAUGAGAACUUGAAAGAUCCCCACGCCCAUAAGAGCUCCGUCACCAGCUGCCUGUACAACCUGGGAAAACUGCUCCAUGAACAGGGCCAGCAGGAGGAGGCCCUGUCUAUGUAUAAGGAAGCAGUGCAGAAAAUGCCCAGGCAGUUUGCACCACACAGCCUUUUCAACAUGAUGGGAGAGGCCUAUAUGAGGCUGAACAGGCUCGAGGAAGCAGGCCACUGGUACAGAGAGUCCCUCAGGGCCAAGCCAGACCAUAUCCCUGCCCACCUCACUUAUGGCAAACUCCUGUCCAUCAUUGGACAGAAGACAGAAGCAGAGAAAUACUUUCUGAGAGCCAUUCAGCUAGACCCAACAAAAGGAAACUGCUACAUGCACUACGGUCAGUUUCUGCUGGAGCAGUCUCGUCUUGGCGAGGCUGCCGAGAUGGCAGAGAGAGCUGCGGAGCUGGACAGCUCAGAGUUUGAUGUGGUCUUUAGCGCUGCUCACAUGCUAAGGCAGGCCAGUCUAAAUGAGGCGGCCGAGAAGCAGUAUGAGCGUGCAGCCAGCCUCAGACCAGAUUACCCAGCUGCUCUGAUGAACCUCGGUGCCAUCCUCCACCUGAAUGGAAAACUUCCUGAAGCGGAGGCCAACUACCUGCGCGCGCUCCAGCUCAAGCCUGAUGACGUCAUUACCCAGUCCAACCUGCGCAAGCUGUGGAACAUCAUGGAGAGGCAGGGACUCAGGACUAAGCAUGGGCUCGGGAUGCAGAAGAGCGACCUUUGAACUGAGAGAGCUGCUACGCUGUUCCCGCAAUGAUGACAUGGCACCCUGCAGAGAAUGAAGCAGGACAGGCCAUGAAAGAGCUCACGGCUAAGAGCUCUCUGUACAAGACUGGAAAGACAGAAAGUUUCUUUCAUUAGAGUUGUGGCCUGUGAUGCUUGUGAAGACAGUUUGAGGCUUGGCAUGUUUGGGAUUUAAGGGGCAGGUUCGGCCCAACAAUACGCCAGCAUCUGUGCUGUACGGUGGCUCAAACUACUAAAACUAACAUCAUCUUUUGUAUAAGAUUUUAUAAUGUGAUGCUCAGUUGUUAAAUGAUAUGUUGAAGUCAAAGGCAAACAACUGCAAAGUCCAAAAAAUUACCUUGAGAUCAAAGUUCUUAAAUAUUAGUUUAUUAUUCUUUAACUAUAAUUAUACAUUUGUUUUAUAGCACUUAAUUUGAAUGUGGAUGUAGCAAGAGUAUUUAAUUUCUUUAGAAGGGGUUUUGAAUUUUUCAGCACUGAUGGGUGAAUGACUUUCAUUAGCUGGUUUUUAAUAACGGGGAACUCCUCAGAUUUUACACAUCACAGUCUGUGCGCAGGUCUUGGGGAAUGCUACUACAUGUGAAAACUGUUGUAGAAAGUCUUUUGUGGCUCCAGACAGAACUGUACAGACUCUUCAAGUGAUGUCACCUGAAUCAUUGUCAGUUGGGUCUGAAGACUACAAAAAAAAAAAAAAAAAAAAAAUCUGCCAGUCACAUUCUGUUGUCCGAGUCACUGAUGAUGGUUUGCACCAGGUGCAUUUUAAAUGCUUGUGACUGUAAAAAUGAAAACAGAUCAUGAGAAAACUCCUCAGCGGUGCCAAAGCUUGUACUGGGUCUUUACGCCUCUUGUGCCAAGCAAGAACUGUUGCCACUUUUAUGUUGUGUUCCUUGUGUCAAAUGAAGUGUUUCAUUGUGAUGUUUCAUUUCAUGUGAUCAAAUGAUCGAAUUUAAUUUAUUAAUAUGUGUUAUUUUAUGUGAAAAACCCAACACUGUGCCGUUUCAUUGUCCCAUUAGCCCACCCACUCAUUCCUCUGCAUAGAUAGGCUAUAUUAGGCAACAUGACAAUGACAUUAAAAUGUUUUUUUUUAUUAUAUGUAUUUCUUUUCUCUCUGCUCAGGGACAUCGGGUUGUGUUUCCUGUCACAGAAUGGGUCUGUGACACAGAGAGAGCUUCUUAAAAUGAUAUUAGAUGUUUUUGAUGAUUGUGACGUUUGGUUAAAUUAUAGAAAAUGUGUAGCUGAAAAUGUGCUGUGUUUUGUAAAGAAAAGUGAAACUUUUUCCAUAAUAAAAAACAUGAU